CACAGCUGAUAGGUAUAAUUAUUCUUCUCUAAACUAUAAGUAUUUUACGCACUAUAUGGAAGCGAGAAACCUACAAAAUUACAUUCUUUUUGCCAUUUCCAGUUUGCAUUGUUUUGAUGAAUAGCGAAGAAAAUAUGUCUAACAGAAAGUCAUUUGAAGGUGAUUUGUUAUUGCAAACUAAAUCAAAUGAUGAAAACCAAAAUUCAGAAGAAUUUAUGGCCGUUGUGAGACAAUACCACCAAAUGAAGCCAAACCUGCCACCAACAUUUGUAAAGAAUGUGACGUUAAGGUUGUAUGGAAUGACAGUAGUGGAAAACCAGGAAUUAGACAGUUAUGAUGAUUUCAAUUACCAUAUAACCGUAGAUCAAGUGAUCAAUAACGACUACAUAAAUGACUUCCGUCCAGCAGGUUACGUCCUAAAGGUCCUAAAUUACAAGGACUCACAGAACAACAACCUGAUAGAGGCCAUGCAUUUCGUUCUGAAUCAUUUGAAGAGGAAAUCUUUUCCUGUACAAGCUUUUGUAUCAAAUGUUUAUGGUGAGAUGUGGUCCAGUGAAACAAUUGUCAAUAAAUUCAGUACCAAACAAACAUAUAUAGUUUCAAUGAUGACGUACCUGGAAGGCAAAACAAUGACGAGUGAACAAAUUAAUCCUUCUUCGCUUUAUAAUAUUGGAAUAUAUGCUGGCUUAUUACAGAAAGCAUUAGAGGAUUUUGAUAAUGAUUUCCUGACAAAAAGGGAAAACCAAUGGGAUUUGCUGGAGCUCCCAAAGCUUGUGAAAUUUACACCUGCCCUUGAACACAAGGAAGAGUUCCAGUUAUUGAAAAUAAUCAUGACAGAUUUCAAGAAAGAAGUCGUCCCAGUAUUGGAGCAUCUAACAAAAGUUCUUAUCCAUGGUGACCUGAACGAUGGUAAUAUCCUUGUUAAAGAAGUAAUGAAACGGAAAAAUGUCCAAAAGGAGAAAACAACAUAUGAUAUUGUGGGCAUCAUCGACUUUCUUGACAUGCAGUACAGUUAUACUAUAGUUGAUAUUGCAAUUUUAAUAGCACAUAUGUCGGCUGAAUGUACUUGUAUGGACCCGAUAGAUGUUGGUGGACAUAUAUUAGCUGGAUAUAUGACGAUAAAAGAAUUGACCCACAACGAAAAGGACAUUCUCAGACUUUUAAUUUGCAGUCGAUUGGCGCAACUGAUAAUUUUGAACGAAUUUACUCUUUUAAUUGAUCCACACAAGAAGAGUGUACGGUUAUAUCUUGAGAAUUACAAACGAAUAAUUUGGAAAUUUUGGAAAACUUCAAAAACUGAACUUUAUAGAAGAUGGGAUGUAGUAUUGAGGGAUAACAACAUUGAAAAUGUCUUUACUAUUUUGUAGAUAC